AUGUCUACUGAAUCUGCUUUGUCCUACGCCGCCUUGAUCUUGGCCGAUGCUGAUGUCGAAAUCACCGCCGACAAGUUGAACACCUUGGUUUCCAAGGCCAACGUUGAAGUCGAGGGUAUCUGGGCUGAUCUUUUCGCCAAGGCUCUUGAGGGCAAGGACUUGAAGGAGUUCUUCUUCAACUUCUCCUCUGCUCCAGCUGCUGCUGCUUCUGGUGCUGCUGGUGCCUCUACUGGUGCUGCUGCUGAGGAGGCUGCUGAGGAGAAGGAGGAAGAGGCCAAGGAGGAGUCCGACGACGACAUGGGUUUCGGUUUGUUCGAUUAA